AUGUCCCAAUUAACCUUAUUACCAACCGAACUCCUCCUCUCAAUCGCCGAAUCCCUCCCCAACCAAAAAGACCUCAGCGCCUUCACCCAAACAACAAAGAGAACAUACGAAGUCCUCCAACUCUACCUAUACAAAACCAACAUCCAAAACCAUGACUCUAGCGCCCUCCUUUGGGCCGCCAAGAACGGCCACACAAUCCUGACGCAAAAAAUGCUCGAUGCCGGCGCCAGAAUAAGCGCCCGCACCCCGUCAACUCCGAACCACACAACCCCCACCAACCUCCCUCGGAUAGCGGGGAAUGCGCUCUUCCUCGCAGCCAGCGGCCCACACAUCGAAACCCUGGCCUGUCUACUAUCCGAGAAAAGACCAGGCCAAGCAUGUGACCUCGACCAGCUGCGCGAAGCACUGAACGAAGGAGCCAUCCCGGCACAUAGUACCGACGCGGUUAAGUUACUACUUCGCUACAACGCCCCGCUCCAACCUGUAGACAACCUCCUGCCGAAUCCGUCUGCGCUCGGUGCAGCUGUUGCUGCCGGCUGGGUUGGUAUUAUACCUUUCUUGUUAGAGGCUGGUGCUUGUCCCGGGACCAAUGAGGUGCCCACCCCGCUCGAGCGCGCGAUUACCAUGAACAAGCCAGAUAUCGUGGAUAUAUUACUCCGGGCUGGGAUUCGGCUUGUGGAUGAUGGGGGAUUGUGCAUUAUUGCUGAGCAGAAUAACCAGAGGUUGUUGGAGGUGUUUGUUGGAAUGGGACUUGAGAUUGGGAUGUGUUGGCAGGGGGCUUUGUUUGCGGCUGUUAUGCAUGGACAGACUGAGAUGGUGACUGGGUUGAUUGAGAAGGGGGCGAACCCGAAUUUGACGUAUGAUGUAUUUAUGUUGGGGUUUGAGUGUUUGCGAUAUAGUACUAUCGGGUUUGCGGUUCAGUUUGGACAACUGGAAGUUUUGAAGCUGUUGCUGGAGAAGGGGGUUCGUGCUGAACGGGGGGAUCUUUACUUGGCGCGGCGGGAGAACUUCGAGGAGGCGGUGGCUCUUUUGUCUGGGAGUGAUUUUGAGAAUGUGCCUCGGAAGGAUAAUGUACGUGAUUUUGUUGAGAAGAAAAUUCGAGAGAGAAGGAGAACGGAGCCUGGGUAUGAGAGUCUUAAGAUGCAGGAUUCGCUUUGUGAUCCUGCUAUGCGACUGGAGUUGGAUGAUAAUAGCUAUCCAUGGGCGAAUGAUGGUACGCAUGGUUAUACUAUGUACAUUUCUUAA